GAAGAGCAGACGCAGACCUCCGAACACUCUCAGCGGCGCUUCGGGUUCGUCAGCACACUUCAGUCGUUGCCGAUUGCCGAUCGCCAACGAGCGAGCUAGCCGACCGACCGACCGACCGUCCGACCAACAGACUGACUGACGCGCGGACGACGAGCGAAUCUCUCUCGUCGCGGAAGAUCGAGGUUCGAACAGUUCGAUACGGGAAAUUUGAAGAGGAGUUCCACGGUGAUGAAGACGCACGUGGCUGUGAGCGCGAUCGCGCUUCUCAUCGGCCUCGUCGUCGCUGACAGAAUCGAUUCGCAUAUCCCGUGCGUACAAACGGCGAAUUGUACGAACAUACCGACGCUUCCGCCAGAUACGAUUUGCAAAGAUGGAUAUUGCAUGUGCCCGAGUGCAGGAGGCUUUGUCAAUUGCUCGAGCGUCAAGGCGUCCAUACACGAGACGAGAACAUCAGGUCCGCUGGUCUACCGGAUAUGCAAGCACGAUCAGGAUUGCAACCUGCCGGGUGGAUUUUGCAACACUACCAACAAUCAGUGCGAAUGCUCGAAGGACCAUGUGCCAUCGAGCGACAAGCACCAUUGCCUUCAGAAGAUUCAGUCGAUCAAUUCCUCUUGCACGGACGACAAUCAGUGCCUGGUGUUUUUAGCGAACACCACUUGCCGCUCUAAUAAAUGUGUCUGCACGUCUGGUUAUCAUUAUGUCGACAGUGCGUGCUGGAGAAUGGCAGGAUAUGAACAACCCUGCACGAAAAACCAGGAGUGCUCGCACAUCGAGAGCGCAAUCUGCACGAAUAAUAAGACGUGCGAGUGUGACGCCGAGACGGUGUUGAGCACGGACGGUAAGAGAUGUCUGGCCGUUGCGCGAAACUUUCGGGACGAAUGCACGGAGUCGGUGCAGUGUCAGACAUUUGAACACUCGUCGUGCAUCGAGAACAUGUGCCAGUGCCAAGUGAAUUAUCACUACGAGCACGAAAUGACGAGGUGUUUCAUUAACGGAGAGAUUGAUGCCGAAUGCGCAAAUAUUUACGAGUGUUACCAGGCCGAGGAUUACGGGAAUAGUUCGUCGACCAAGUCUCUGAUGUGCGAGAAUAACAAAUGUACGUGCGCCGAGAAUUACGUGAGGCAAGGGAACGUAUGCGUGAACCGCGGCUCCUUCAUCUUCACAUCUUUCCCAGCAAUAACUUUAGCGGCGCUAAUUUAUGCUAUUUUUGGAUGAAACAUUGUUAGCCGUUAAAUACGAUUUCUUCGAGAAAAAGAAGUUGUUAUAUUAUUAUAAGUUGGCGAGGGGGGGGGGGGUCCAAUAGUUAUACAUUUUGUAAGGGAAACUCCUGGCGAUUCGUCUGAGCACGGAAAUCGGCGAACAUCGAGAACGAAACAAUCGCGGGUUCGUUUAUCGUACUUCGCGAUUUAUUCGUAGCGCCGUGAUAACGUUAAUGAAAAAUUCACGAGUACUCCAAAAAGAGGCUCGCGUAUUUCUCACGAAUGCUACAAGUAUCACGUUGUGGUGUAUUCGUGCGGACAAACGACGCCUCGCGAAUCGGGACUCAUGUAAUUGCGGGAGUUUCUUGACGGAAUGUAUACACAUACGACUACAAUGUAGUCGUGUGAGGACGUUGCACAAUGACGGCCAUGAAGGAUUGCACACUUCUUUCUCGGUCAGUCCCUGAAUGUGGAAUUCACAGCUCUGUAAUCACAGUAUUACAGUACCGAUCACAUUAUGACACACAAAGAUUCUUCGUUUCUCAAAAGGUCAAAAGACGCAAAGCUCAAACGCGAAAGACCGUUUGUGAGUUACUUCUUGUGAUAUGUGUGCCAUCUCGCUCUUGCACUUGAAGCUGCAUCGACAAAGAAGAGUUCAAACCGUGACCAAGUGCAUGAGUGGCAAGAAGGGAAAAUGAGAAAAAAGCGGAAAGGUUGGGUGGGUAAGUGAAUACACAAUGAUGUCAGUCGAACUAUGAUAAGAAGUAAUGACUUUAUCGACGAGAUUGGAUGAGUCACGUUUAUUAUAGCCAGUCGUGUGCUACCUUGGAAAUAUCGUACUCGUUCCUCGAACGUCGAAUGGAAAAACAUCCGUUUCCGCUUUUCAUCGUCGAACCGGGAGAAAAACGGACGCGCGAGAUUGAUCUUCUUCGCUGGUUCGGGGCAUCUUCUUGCGCGAUCCUUCGCGGAAGAGUGCGGCCGCGUCGAAAAGAUAGCGCGCAAACGAGACGCUUCGCGCCGCCGUAAUUGCACAGCGACGACGGCGAGGGCUCGAAACUAGGCGCACCGAAGUGUUUAAAGCCUUCCUCUCGUGUGCAUUCAAUUAACGUGGUCAUUAAAAUGCAGCCGCCUGGUGCGUGGAACGCCGCCGCCGCUUCUUUUCAGAACGAUGCGAGCCGCAGAAAAUCCGAACGAGCGAGCGAGCGCGAAAUUGUCGCGCGUCUCUUCUGGUCACUCGAGGCGUCCGUUCAUCUCCGCGUUCUUCUGAGCCUUUUAGAAUCAACGCGAGUGUACCUUGUAACUAUAAGUAUUUUAUCGUAAAGUAAAAUUUUAAUGCAAAGUUAUGUCUAAAGAGAAAUAUACACAUUGUACUUUUU